UCCAGGGGCUGCGCACGUGUUCGCUGCUCAGCCGGCUGCUCCGGCCAUGUCGGCCUCCAAAAGAAAGAGUGGCUCCCCCAGCGUCACCCCGGGGCCGGCGGAGCGGCCCCCUGCUCUGCUGACCCUGGCGGCUGCAGACUUCUUGGAAAAAGCAGAUGACAGAGUUCCUACAAUGUACAGAAGAGUCCUUGUGCAACUAGGACUCAACAGUAUGAAGUCAGCAAAUAUAUGCAUAGGUCGACCAGUCUUGCUUACCAGUGCAGAUGGAAAACAAGAGGUUUGUACAGCUUGGCCAAUUGCAGGCUUCCCAGGAGGGAAAGUUGGCCUAAGUGGAAUCACUCAGAAGAAUCUGCGAGUGAAACCUGGUGAGGCAGUCACUGUCCAGCCCGUGGUCGGUGCAGUGGUGCAGGCAGAAGAACUAGAUGUGAAGCUGAGGGACAAAGAUGCCUGUAUUAAUGUUGAAGACUUGUCUGUCUGUCUUUUGCGAAAUCUAGAUGGGAAGAUAGUUUUGCCAGGCAACCUUUUGCAUCUCACUUUCUAUGGCAAACCUUGCAACUUGAUGGUGACCAGAGUGAAAGGAACAGAUGGGGUCCUGCUGAAAAUGCAGAGCAGUACUGUUUUCAGUGAAACACAAGAGCCAGUCCUUGAGAAGACUGAUUUGGAGACCAGCGCUCUAAACUUGUCUUUGCAGCUCAGAAAGUUGGACAUAGAAGACAACCAGGAAGGAGCAUCUACCAGCACUCCAUGCAAGCUGAUGGCUCAAAGUUCACCAGUUACUUCAAAUGCUGUGGUGAUAGGGGGUGAGCAGGAUUAUGACCGGACAGAUGAGUUCUGUGACGAGGGGAAUGUCAGAGACCUUACUGAUGGCUCUGAAUUAAUCAGAGACAAAGACAGCAUGAGAUUGUUGCCCAUUGGCAAAACUGGAGCAAAAUGCAAUUUGGAUACAUUUUACUUCAUUUCUUCAAGAACUAGAGUCAAUUUCAUCGAGAAUCGGACCAUUGCAACAGAAGAACAUGACUGUAAACCUAACCUUACCUAUGACAUGAUAGGUGGUUUAAGCAGCCAGCUACAAACUAUUAGAGAAACAAUUGAACUGCCCCUGAAGCAGCCUGAAUUGUUCAAGUGUUACGGAAUUCCUCCUCCUAGAGGGGUGCUACUCUAUGGCCCCCCAGGUACUGGGAAGACCAUGAUUGCUAGAGCUGUUGCAAAUGAAGUGGGAGCCCAUGUUUCAGUUAUUAACGGUCCUGAAAUUAUAAGCAAGUUUUAUGGUGAGACUGAAUCAAGAUUACGACAGAUAUUUGCUGAAGCCUCUCAACGUCGUCCAUCAAUUAUAUUUAUUGAUGAGCUGGAUGCACUCUGUCCGAAGAGAGAAGGGGCUCAGAAUGAAGUAGAAAAAAGAGUUGUAGCUUCAUUACUAACAUUGAUGGAUGGCAUUGGCUCAGAAGACAGUGCAGGGCAACUUUUGGUACUGGGUGCUACAAACCGUCCGCAUGCACUUGAUACAGCACUACGUAGACCUGGACGUUUUGAUAAAGAGAUAGAAAUUGGGGUCCCCAAUGCCCAGGACCGAUUAGACAUCCUCAGGAAACUUCUUAAUAAGGUUCCUCAUCUGUUGACAACAACAGAGUUGGAGCAGCUGGCUGAUAGUGCACAUGGCUAUGUGGGAGCAGACUUGGCAGCCUUGUGCAAAGAAGCAGGUUUGUGUGCUUUGCGGAGAACACUGGGAGAACAAGCUAACCUGUUAGACAGCGAGGUGGCUGAGUCAGUGAUGAUUACUCUGAAUGACUUCCUGCAGGGGAUGAAUGAUGUCAGGCCCAGCGCCAUGAGAGAGGUGGCUAUUGAUGUGCCAAAAGUAUUGUGGUCCGACAUAGGAGGACUUGAAACUGUCAAAUUGAAAUUGAAGCAGGCGGUGGAAUGGCCCCUGAAGCAUCCUGAAUCCUUCAUCCGAAUGGGGAUUCAGCCACCCAAAGGAGUACUACUUUAUGGACCUCCUGGAUGCUCAAAAACAAUGAUAGCGAAAGCUUUGGCCAAUGAAAGUGGCCUCAACUUCUUGGCGGUGAAGGGACCUGAAUUGAUGAAUAAAUACGUUGGUGAAUCUGAACAAGCUGUGAGAGAGAUCUUCAGGAAAGCCAGAGCAGUGUCACCUUCCGUUCUUUUCUUUGAUGAAAUAGAUGCCUUGGCAGUUGAAAGAGGGAGGUCUUCAGGUGCUGGGAACGUAGCAGACCGUGUCUUGGCUCAGCUGUUAACGGAAAUGGAUGGGAUAGAACAGUUAAAGGACGUGACAAUUUUGGCAGCUACAAACCGACCGGAUAUGAUAGACAAGGUACCUGAGCUGCUAUGCCGUCAUUCUGUGUUGAUGAUGCCAUUCCCUGAGUGGAUGGGAGGAAAUACAGAUGCUGCUUUCAUUCAAAAUUUCCCCCUGUUGUUCCCCAUUUUUCUCACUGCUCUGAGAUGCCCCAUCCACUCCUGGGGCAAAGAAGCCCAAUUCUCAAAAUACUUUGAGUGUAGACCUGACACUCCACUAGGAAACGCUGACAUCAGAGGACAUGCUCCUUUCACAGUGACAUGGCUACAUACCUGCAGCAUGCCUGUAUGACUGUUGUUUCUGGUGAUUAAUGCAUGAGAAAGAACGAACCCAGUUUAACUUUCAGAUCCAGGUUACAUUUGCAGGUCUUGUAGUGUGGAAGAACAUUUGUCUUGUGUAAACUGAGCAUAUUUUAACUGGAGGAUGCUGAGAUACAAAUAUAGAAACCCACAAUAGCAUUUGAACAGUGAUAUUUCAGAACAGAACGGUAUUUUAACAGGCUUUGGAAUGAGAGCAGAAACAGCUGGAGUAGCUGGGAAAAGCUAGAUUGGAUAUUUUAAUCUUUAAACUAUAUUUUUAAAUAAAAUGUAGGUUUUUGUAAAUAGUACUAUUUUUAAAAUGGAAAAUGGAUCUUUUCCUUCUACCAGUACUGCUAGAAAAGACAGGUUUCAGAGUAGCAGCCGUGUUAGUCUGUAUUCGCAAAAAGAAAAGGAGUACUAGUGGCACCUUAGAGACUAACCAAUUUGUUAGUCUCUAAGGUGCCACUAGUACUCCUUUUCUUUUUGCUAGAAAAGAAUUGAUCAUUCUGGAUCUUGGGCAGAUUUGGACUGUCUUCAACCCAAGCUCAAGUCUUUUUCCUUUUCUCAAAAACCACUAACUCAAUUGGUCUUCAGUUCUGCAAACAUUUAUGUGUGCGCUGAGCUUUAAAGUUAAACAUGUGUCUAAAUGUUUGCAGAAUCAGGGACCAGAAAACAUGACUCAUAUUAGCAUCUGAUGCACCAUAAUCUGUUCUUGUUGCAACCACUAGCUGGGCUAAAACAGUAUCUUCUUUUAGAACUUGUAAGCACCUUGGGUUUUGACAUAGUUCUCCUGUGUCAAUGUGAUGACCCUUUUUCCUUUCCUCCUCUCCUGGUACUGCCAAUGUGAGGAAAGAACUGCAGCUUUGCUUAGGGACAAUCGGAUGAGAAAGAAAUUUAAAAAAAAAAAAAAAAGAAAAAAAAAAAGAAAAAAAAAAAGAAAGAAAUGCUGGCUGGCCAUCCUC